UUACAAAUGUCUGCUCCCGUCUCAACACGCAAAUAAUCUGACUUAUAUUUGUCGCGGUGUUAAAGGAUGACAGACGGUUUUGGUGCGAUAACUUGGUGGGGAUUUAGUCCCGCUCUCGAUUUCCAAGAAAUUUUAAAAGGGAGUUCAGGAGGAAAAACUUGUGAAAAUGAUCCUGUGCAUAUCCUGCUGGUCGGAGCCGGUGACUUGAGACAUGUCCUGCUCACCGUUGCCCGCAAAUACAGGCAUACACCAAGGAAACUCUGUUUUCACAUCCUGGAGGGAAGUUUGGAGCUGUAUGCAAGGGACAUGCUGUUUCUUACAAUUGCUCUUGAGCCUCAGACUCGCAUGGGCUUACAAGAAAAGACAGAGCUGUUCCUUGAAUUAUUUGGGAAUAUCUUAAUCAGAAAACAGUCUACUGAAUAUGUAGAAAAGAUGUCCACUGAACUUAUAAAAAUGGUGACUGACUUUAGUUACUUGGAGAAGAAGUUACCUGUUGUUGAUCUCAGUCAGUUAAAGUUUAAGGAGAGAGAUUUCUUGGAUGCCAUAUUCAAAUUUUGGAGAAAUCCAGCGAUCACAGGGGUAUUUGAAGUAUCAAAAUAUUGGGAUUUGCGAAUUCGUAAGUUGUUGGGUACGAGGUAUGACUCCCGGAUAAAUGUUUACGACUGGGACUACCAGAUGAGGCUGGUGCAGAGAGAGGCUGACAUAAUCCAUUCCCAUGAGUAUAAAUAUUGGAGGGAGAACGGCCAGGCUUUUGAAGUACGGGAAGCUGACUACGAAAUUCCAAACAAAACCAUGGCCUCUGGUUUAAUUCUCACACAUGAAGGAGAGAAACAUGCACGUCGCGGCUACUGGGGGGACAUUCUUGUCAGUCCGUACGUCACCCUCGGGAUACAGUGCGAAGAAACAGAGUUCUUCAAGAAAUCCAACAAGCAGUACAUGAAGACAGCAUGCAAUGUGGCAGAGUACAACGUCAUGUCCAUGUUACACGAGAUCGCUAACAGGACAAAGUAUGUCCAACCAAAACCUGCUGAAAAAGAAGAAACUGGCGAGAAGGAUGGACCCAAAAUUACAGAAAUUACAGAAGAGGAAGUUUCUGAAGAUGAUAAAACAGACUCCAAAACUGAUGCUGAGAAGUUAUCAGAGCAGGUAGAACGCGAGGUAGCCGAGGAAUUAAAAAAGGCCGAUCUCAGUGACAUCAGGCCACUGGAUCAGGAAUAUGAGCCCCUCCCACUGAACAACGUGAGUAUAUCAUUUCUGCCCAUGAACUCGCUACCAGACCUUGGUCGGAAGGCCAAGUACCGGGGCCGAUUUGACCUCGUCUACUUUUCCAACAGCAUGGUUCACCUGCUCACUCCUGACGUUGCUCCAGCAUUCGCUGACACUGCAACUGUCGUCAUUGAGUCGGCCAGGUACAUGCUGGAGCUGAAACUGGAGCAAGUGAAGAUGUUUGUGGAGAAAGUGAUUGGUCUUGGCAAGGAGGCAGGAUGUAAGAGUCCAGACAAGUGCAACCCGGAGACGGCCAACUAUGUCCAGAUGCAGUUUGUCAGAGACAGCAAGAAAGACUGACAUUAGUUCGGACAAUACAGGACUCAGCUUUUCAACUCUUCAGUAUGCUUGGAAGUUGAAAGGAUGUUAAACGUGCACUGCUAAAGCCUGCUCUGUCAAAUCACAGAAUUAACGAUGUGUGGGUUUGAAGAUGAAUAUGGAAUGACAUAAGCUGACAUCAAUGCAUGGAAUUAUUACUUGGUUUCAGCAGUUGUACUGUGCAUAAUAAGUUUCAAGGGCUUAUUCUAACAAAGCCUUUACUUCAUAUUAAAUUAUGAGUUAUGCCUGUCUCAGACAGAUCAAUAAGUAUGGUGGUCUGAAUUAUCAUUGGUACUGCUCGUUUUUAACUUUUUGAUUCUGUGAGUUGAUCGAUAUAUUUAUUACUUACGAAAUAAAUGUAAAAGCACUAAACAUGA